AUGACAGAUUACAGCAAACAGACAGUCGCGCAACUGCGGCAGGUGUUGAAGGACCGGAGUAUACCCAGCACCGGCUUGACACGAAAGGCGCAAAUUAUCGAGAAGCUCCAGGAGGCCGACCUCGCUGCUGAGACUCCCAAUGCGCCAGACGAGGGUACCGAAAGCGCAGACGCGCCGCCGGAUGCGGUAGAGCAGGUGAAUACCGAAGUUGGCGACGACACUGCCAUCAAAGAGCAAGUCCCUGGACCAGCGCUCUCUGAGGCUGGAGGUAUGCGCACUAUGAGUACAUCGCUGCCGCUAGAUGCUGACCCGAGUCUAGAAGCAGAGCAGCCUACACACGAAGCCGAGCCAGAGCCUCGACCCGUACCCGCAGCGACUACCGAUUCCCUUCCCGAGACAAUUUCGCACAUUGACAGCGAUAUUCCUCCACCAGACGAGAUUAAAGCAAUAGAGCGGCCUGCCGAGGACACAACCAAUGCGGAGGAGCCCGGCUCAAUACAACCGGCGGGAGUCUUCAAUGCACCGCCCGCAGAUGCCGACGAUGUGGUUGGCCCAACCGUGACGGAGCCUACGGAUGCGGAAGUUGGAGACGUAAAGAAGGUCGAAGUCGCAGAGGGCGAGCUGCCAGAUGCUCCAGGACCGGCUGCUGAAGCUCUGCGGUUGGCGCAGCCAACGUCUGGACUCCCCGAAGAUUUGCGAGACACGAGCAUCGACGCGAAGACAGCUUCACCUGUGUCGAAUGAGCAACAAUCCGUUGAGAAGCCGGAAUUGCUUACCGUUCCAGAGCCCUCGACGACGGAAACAUCGAGGCUCAACACGGAAGAAGUAGAAACAGACUCGAAGAAGAGAAAGAGGAGGAGUGACACCCCCGAGAUGGCGGACCAGGAAAUCAAGGCAAAGAAGCACAGGCCCAGCCAGGAACCGGCGCCUGGCGUUCACUUGCAGGAAGACGAGGACACCGUCAUGGAGCAAAGAAGAUCGGAGGAAGAGACCGCACCUUUAGCAAAUGGCAAUCCAACCGAAACAAACGACACUCGCUCUAUACCAGCCGGGGAGGAUCCGCCAGUUGUGGAGACUGACACAAGACGCGAGAAAAAGGAAAAGGCCUCUCGGUACAAAGACCUCAUGAAAUCCAACGCAGACGACACACCCCAGGAAGCCUUGACUGAUGACAGACCCACGGUACCCGCGCUCCACCCUGUGACAUCUGCAUUGUACAUCCGCAAUUUCAUGCGCCCUCUGCGUCUGGAGCCACUACGAGCACACCUAAUCUCUCUUGCCUCGCCGCCAUCCACCUCACCGGACCCCACAAUUGUGGAAACCCUUUUCCUGGACGUACUCAAGUCGCAUGCGCUUGUACUCUUUAGCACUAAGACUGCUGCAUCACGAGUGCGAGCAUCUUUACACGGCUCCAUCUGGCCACCGGAAGGUAACAGGAAAGAGCUCUGGGUCGACUUCGUCCCGGAUGAGCACGUGAAGGAUUGGAUCAAAGAGGAAGAGGACGCUGCAGCUGCCGAGAAAGACGCUCGUGCAAACAAACGCUCACACAACCCCAAACGGUUUGAAGUCGUAUAUCCAGAGUCCAGUGAUGGCUCUGUUGUAGCUGUAUUCCAGGAAGUCGGUUCAGGCGCUCCUGCAAACGCACCACGAGGCCCACGCGCAAGCGCAGACGCACGGAUGCCAUCUAUACAACAAGCACCAGCACCAGCACCAUCGCUCCCAACAGCCUCAUCGAAAGAUACCCGACAGAACACUGAAGCUUCAUUCAAAACACUCCACGAUCUGUUCAGCUCCACAGAAGCGAAACCCCAACUCUUCUAUCUCCCCGUUUCGGAUGAUAUUUCCGAUCUGAGGCUAAAGGAACUGGACGCCGAGACAAGCAGAGACUGGGCACCUGGCCAGACGAGGAAGGGGCGGGGCAUCAAGACAGAGGUGAAGUACAAAUACAGUUUUGACGACGAUGACAGGGUUGUCGAAAUCAACUACAUCGGGAUAUUUCAAUACGUCGUUCUUCGUACCAUCGUAACAACCGUAGCCGUCAUCACGUCAUCCCUCGGUCAAUUCUGCAAAGGAAGUCAUAACAUCUACGGGCAGCUCAAAGAAGAUCUCGCACCCAACAGGCCCGUCUUCAAGAUGGUUUGCGUCAAGCUUAUCAGCACUGCGACCUACGCGCUUCAUUGCUGA